CAUCCGACGGCGUCUCGGCAAGCCCGAGACGCGCCCCAGCCCGCCAUGGCCCGACUCCUCCGGGCAUCCUGCCUUCUCUCCCUGCUCCUGGCUGGCUUCGUGCCGCCCAGCCGGGCACAAGAGAAGUCGAAGACGGACUGUCAUGGCGGCAUAAGCAGCACCAUCUACGAGUAUGGCGCCCUCACCCUUGACGGGGAGGAGUACGUCCCCUUUAAGAAGUAUGCUGGCAAAUACAUCCUCUUUGUCAACGUGGCCAGCUACUGAGGCCUGACGGGCCAGUACGUUGAACUGAAUGCACUACAAGAGGAGCUUGAACCAUUUGGUCUGGUCAUCCUGGGCUUCCCCAGCAACCAAUUUGGAAAACAGGAACCAGGCGAGAACUCCGAGAUCCUAGCCAGCCUCAAGUAUGUCCGCCCAGGUGGGGGCUUUGUCCCUAAUUUCCAACUCUUUGAGAAAGGAGAUGUGAACGGGGAGAAGGAGCAGAAGUUCUACACUUUCCUGAAGAACUCCUGCCCACCCACCUCAGAGCUUGUGGGCUCACCUGGCCGCCUAUUCUGGGAGCCCAUGAAGAUCCAUGACAUCCGCUGGAACUUCGAGAAGUUCCUGGUGGGGCCAGAUGGUCUGCCCAUCAUGCGCUGGUACCACCGGACCACGGUCAACACAGUCAAGCUGGACAUCCUGCACUACAUGAGGCAGCGGGCAGAGCUGAGGGCCCAGAAGAAGUAACUGCUGCCUACCCUAGCCCCCAGGUCUACCUUGCAGGGGCCGAGGGCUCUGUUCAGGAAGGACUCCACCCCCACCCCCACCAUAGACCCCUCCAAUGAUGAAGGCCCCUAACGCAGAUGUGUGCACCCAUGGUGCGUGUGAAGGUCUCGGCCAUGUCUACUGAACGGCUACCCAGGGCUGUGCACAAUGUGUGCCCACAGCUGUGUGGAGGGAACCACACUCCUUGCUCUGUAAGCCCCACCCACCAUUCAUUUGCAUCCACGGAGCUUCUAACCCGGACCUCAGCCUUGAAGUUACUGCCUCCCACUGCCUCCAAAUGGCACUCCCACUGGGUGUCCCCCAAGUCCCCGGCUCUACUACCCAUCUCAGCACUCCCUCCACCUUCCUGAAGGGCCCUCCCAAGCCUCUGCCCCCACCCUGUAGGACUCCCCGACAGUAGCCAAGACCGGGCCAAGAGCGGGGCUGUGUCCCGUGCAGAGGGAGCAUCUCCAUGAGGGUGAGGCCCGAAGCCCCCGUGGCGGACCUCGACCCGAGCCUGCCCCUGGGCCUGCCUUCGUGCAUUCAGGCGAGGCCCUGAGCAGGGAUGCCCCCGCUGCUUCCGCGGAGCACAUGCCCUCGCUCUCCCUCACCCCGUCCACUAGCGCGGGACCCAUGCCCGCCUGUCCAGUAAAUGCCUUUCUGCAGCACUGA